ACCACCUAAAGGUAAGGUACCUUGGCAAGGAAAGUCUCCAUCCUGACUGCGAUCCCCCGGCUUGGACGUGCCAUUCCUGCCUGCCCACCCGCCUGCAUCGACCAUUCAUUCACCCAUUACCUGCCUGGUCGUGGUCUCUCCCAUCUUCCUUACCUUAGGUACUCGCGUAUCCGUACUGUCCCAAACCCACUCGGCUCGCGCUGCGCUGCGCUGCUGCACCUUUCGCACUUACACCCGCAAACCCGCAACCCAACCACCACCCACUUCACCCACCCGCUCGCUCUUGACGCACACAACCCGACGCACACACUCACCGCGCAUCCUCCUCUUCCCCGAAUCCUAUUUGCGCCUACCUCUCUCCUACCCUCACAACUCCUUCUGUUCCCUUCCCGUUUUGUGCGUUUCGUUGCGUCCAUCUCCUUGCCGCGUUUCCAAGUUUUUGGUCCCCUUCCCGACAAAACUCACCCUACCUUUCCCCCAAGGGUCUUGUCGUUUCGCCACUCUCGCGCGCGCGCCUCUCAUCAGACGACGGGACGCAACAAGAUCCCAUCCAUCUACCGGUACCGUCCCUUCAUGCGAUGACUUGACAAGGUCCUCUGCCGAUCACGAAUCGCCAACUGAAGCGGAAUGAAGAUGCGAAGCAAGACGCAUACCUGAACGUUCCUGCUCGCUCGACUUAUCCAAACCAUCCCCCUCAGACCUUAGCGCCAUGCAGUAGACGCACUUGCGCUCCCGUCCCGUCCCUUCUUUCUCUGCCUGCCUACGCCUACCUACUCGGCCUCGCCUCGUCUUGUCCUCCUGCCUGGACCCUCUUCUUCCUCCUUCUCUUUCAGCCUUCUUUUCUGCAACAUCGCGUCCACACCCAUCAUCACACCAAGAACGAGGGCGCCCUUUCUGGCUGACCAGGCCACUUCGCCUCGUCCACGUGUAACCAGUACUGGCACAUACACACAACUUGGACCCUUAAACACACGUCCAGUCCUAUCACCAUCUUGGGAUAAACCCCACGAAAACAACGACGACACUACUCCGUACUCCCUACCCUCCGCGCACCCGGGACUACUGCCCUCACGUCUCGUCAUCGUAGUCAGCAUCCCUCCGAUCGUCCACGGAACGGCAGAACACCACGCGCUCUACCUAGCCCUCACCUCAACACCUACGGCAUAUCACCAUCGACCGCGCUUUGCUCUACCACCUACCAAACACCAUAGGUUCAUCAGCGGAACAGUAUACGACGACGAAUACCAGCGACAGAUUGUUUGGAACAAGGAUUGAUUCAUUGCUUGCUGAGCACACCUACCGCCUACACAAUCACAUCACUUCCUACAAGUGAAUUUGCUCUUCUUUGUAUUUCGACAGCGACCAACAACAACACCAGAAGAAAGACACCCAAUCAUUACGACACCAAGAACACCUUCACCAUGUCGUUCUCCAAUAGCAGUGGCGGAACACUCACUGUUCCUAGCCCCACGCACGUCCACCAUGUAGAUGUGCUCGCAUCCUCAGUCCGGAGCCUGCGAAGGUCUCUUUCCCGAUCACCUUCAAAGUUCAGCCUGGCGCGUACGAGUUCCCCCAGCUCAGAGAGCUCACACAGCGGUUCUCAUACGCCUGUGCAAGAACAAUCGCCCUGCCGACGAUACACUCCUACCCCUACGCCUCCUAGCAGCAGCCACAACAACAUCAACUUUGGGGAUUUCCAAAGCCAUACACCAGCGGGGCUCCCUCCUUCCAUGACCUCAACGACGCCCUUUAGCUCUCCACCAACCCUUGCGACACCCUUUCGCCCCAGUGUUCGGCUCUCACUACGCUCGGCAAAAUCAGCAAAGGCAACCGGCAGCCCCUCGAGGCCAGCGACUCGAUUAAGGACAUCGCCUAAAUCCCCCCUCAAACGCGCGCUCAACGCUACAACAGACUCGGGGGUAAAUUCCACUCCUUCCUCAUCUUCAAGCUCGGAGGCCUCGGGCCAGGAAAAUAACCAGUCUUCUGCACAACAGAGCCCGCGUUCCCGAUCGUCCCUCCAAAAAUCAUCACGCCAUAGCCUUCAUCUCGACGUAUCCGGCCACGCUCAACAGUCGAAUAUCUUCAAGCAUCUGGAAAGUCAGGGCGAUUCGCAAGGAGCACCAGGAUCGGGCGCUCUCAAGCGCAGCGACGCGAUCAUGAAUUUGGAUCAGGCGUCGCUGGGUAGCCCAGUCGCGAAGCGAAGAAGUUUACAUGGUAUUUCAAGCUUUGGUCAAAACACAUCUGACUUCACCAUUUUCGAUAACACCAGCAACACGCCGAGCAAAACCAACUUUGACAUCCACGAUGAGGCGAACCGUGAGCGUGAGUACGAGCUCUUUGGCUCGCCAACCGUUCCUGCUCCCAGAGAGCCACUCCCAUCCCCUACCCCGCCUCAGAUUCCGAGAAGAACCGGCUCUCUACGACGUUCAACGUUGCAGCAGAGACAGCAUGAUCGGAGUUCGUGGGGACGUAAGUCUGGCGCGAGUCACUUGGCUCAGAUGAGCGGAGAUUUUUCAACUCCCAAUGUCAAGAACCGGCCCCGCCUAUCGAUGGAUCAAUUCCUCCCUCCUCAGCUUCCUCGGGACAGCCCUUUCAAUUCAAACGGGCCUUUGCCCAACCCCUCUGCUCAUCCCGUUGAGCGGUCUUCUCAUCAGCCUCAUCCGCUGUCAAAGACGCUGGUGACCUCGACGUCUGGCAACAGUCUCGAGGAGCAGAACAACAGCAUGCCUCCUCCCUACGUCUUUGAAAAGCCACGGGCUCCUCUCAACUUCGCCAAGUCGAUGCCUUACGGUUCUUCUCGGCCACUCUUCAUGCAGGAGGAAAAUGAGACUGUCACACCUUUCAAGGCGGCUAAGCCAUGGGCGGGAGCUUUCAUGUCUACAGGCCUCGUUUCGAAGGUCAACCGCAACCCCGAGGAAGACAACAAGCUCACGAUGCCUGAUACGCCUUGCAAGAAGCCAACCAACGGUUUCGCCACCUUUCCGCCUCCUCCCGGAAGCGCCAUCAAGAAGAACAACCGUUACUCUUUUGGCGGCAUGCCUUCAACUCCGUUCGUGGCCCCCGGUGCCCCGUCACGCAGCACCUUCGGCGGCAAUCCCGGAAAGGGUCUGGGCAUCUUCCAAAGGCUGGGAUCGCGCCAUGCACGCCGAGGAAGUGUCUUGAGUCUGGAUGAUGAUAAGAAAUUCUCCCUCGACACCAACUUCAACAUCGGCCUUGGGGCUGACAUCGACGCCCCUCCUACUCCUACGAAACAUGGACUCACACCGAGCAAGGGCCUCACUCCCAGUCUGAGCAACUUGAGCGAGCAGAGCAUCGAAAGUCCCAGCGCCAAGAGGUCACUUCCACCUCCCAUGUCAGCUGUGCGGCCGAUGAUUUCUAGAGAAUCUACUGCUAGCCCUGUGGAACAGCGCUCCCCGAGGACUCCCUCGUCUCACGUUGUUCUUCCCGAUGCCAGUUGCCUGUCAAUCUCGAACCCAGCCGAGUCAACGCGGAGCACUACUACCCCGGUUACUCCAUCCGGGCGAGAAUCCUUUCAAAGCACUUCGACACACCUCAUGACCCCCGUCAAUGCCGGUCGUGGUGGCGGCGAUGUCGAAGACUCACUCUAUUCGCGGUUUGACAAGGUCGAGAUGAUUGGCAAGGGAGAGUUCUCUUCCGUCUUCCGCGUGGUCAAGAACGGAUACUCCCGCGCCUCGUUCCUCUCUGUCUUUAGUGGAACUCCGACGAAGAACCCUCGCGAGAGUCCCGAGCCCGAUCGUAUUUACGCCGUGAAGAAGGCACGCCGCCAAUUCACUGGACCCAAGGAUCGUCUGGCCAAGCUCAGGGAAGUUCACGCACUUCAGGCCCUGACACACGCAGACCACGUUAUCCACUACGUCGACAGCUGGGAAUACAACCAAUACCUUUACAUUCAAACCGAAUACUGCGACGAAGGUACCUUGGACAAGUUCUUGAGCAACGUUGGUCGCAAAGGCCGACUGGAUGACUUCCGUAUUUGGAAGGUUAUCCACGACAUUGGCUUGGGUCUUCAAAGCAUUCACGAAGCUGGUUUCAUUCAUCUCGACCUGAAGCCGGCGAACAUUCUCAUCACGUUUGAGGGUAUCCUUAAGAUUGGCGACUUUGGCCUGGCUACCGAGUGGCCUGCUGCCAAGGGCGUCGACGCCGAGGGAGACAGGGAGUACAUUGGUCCUGAAAUCCUUCGCGGCGAUUUCAACAAGCCUGCGGAUAUUUUCUCACUCGGUCUCAUCCUGAUUGAGAUGGCUGCCAACGUCGUUCUCCCCGACAACGGCCCUACGUGGAUUGCUCUUCGCUCUGGUGACUUGUCCGAAGUUCCUAGCUUGACCUUCAGCGCCACCACUACGACUAGUUCAUACCGAGACGCCGCUGGUGUUCCUACUAUGCAAUCGUUGGACGACCCACUCCUCGGUCAGACCAGUGCUCCAGAUAUCAGCCUGCAUUCGGGAAUCGCCCCUACUCGGGUGAACGUGGUCAUGGACGACGAAAGCAGCCCUUUCAUUACGCGAAAGCGCACCGAGCUCAGAUCUCCCCCGGACUUUAUGAGCGACCCUUUCCACCCCAGCUCGCUGGAUCAAAUCGUCCGCUGGAUGGUCAGGCCCGAGCCUGGCGAGCGACCUACCAUUCAACAAUUACUGACCACUACGGCGAUGUCGUGGGUCGCCGAACGUCGCAGAUCAGCUGCGACUGUCUUUGAAGGUGUCUGGGGACCUAGCGAGUCAACAGCCCUUCCCACCUUGGUGGACGAAGACACAGAAAUGAUGGACGUCUAGACACGUCCGUCACAUAAACAUGCCUUCUUUCUCGGCUUGGAAUUUUACUCACGGCUCUGUAUUUGCAGAGUGGUGGAGUUAUUGAACGCAUUGUCUGGAUUGAUCGAUUCUGGCUGGAUCUCUCUUGCAAGUGGAUACGGCGAAUUCGAAUUGGAAUUCUGGAAGACGGCGUUGGAAGGCGAGCAUGUGUCUCGCAGUCUUUGAUGGCUAUCGGAAAUUACUUUAUUACGGCGGCGUACACCUUACGAAAUCACGAUGCUACGGUUCAGCCUUGUGGCGAGUUCAGCACUAUCUGCUGUGGAGACCAUUAUGGCCUUCCUCUUUGGUUGUACGCUCAGCGGCAUAUCACGAUUUCAGACUGUUCGACUUCGCGAACGAGUUUUGGCGUCAAUCCUCUUGGCAUGCCUAUACGCGGGCACUCGCUUGCAAAGCAUCGCCAGAGAUAUUUGUUUCGAAAAAGAAAGUUGGAAAGUUUGGCGGGUCGGUGGCAUGGCUCAUCAAUUGUUGAGCCUUUUCUGCCAUGGCUGCGGCCGCCACGAGACUUUCGUGUAUAGACUAGAUAUGGAUUCUGGGAGACGUGUCCGAGUAGGCACCGUCUCAGCAACAAUCUUGGCGUCGAGUACGAAAAAAAAAAAACGGGAACCAGGAAAAACACCGGUCUCUAGAGAGACUCGAAACACGCGGUUUCUUCUGGGUCUCUGGUUCACAGCACCAUAGGACAAUGACGGUACCAAAAAGGCUUCGAUGGGAAACGGAGGCUCCGGGCUGCAUUGCGCGUGCAUCGCAACAUGUACAUUUGAGUAAUUUUGUCAGAGUAUCGGCUGGCGAUUGGGAGAGGAGGAAUCCAAACGGGCUUUUCUUUUGUUCUGUG